GCGGCGGGCGGGCCGCGGCAGGGAGUGGCUGCCGGACCGACCGGACCGCGAGGCCGCUGGGCGGCGGUCGGCUCCUGCUGCCCUUGUCCCGAGACCCCGCGCACCUGGCCAGGGUCCGUCCGCCUUGUGCGCUCGCCCCAGAUCCUUCCCUCCGGAUAAAACCCCAGGCCGGCCCUGUGGGAAGGACUUCCGGUGGAGGCCCUUGGUCCCUGGCCCCGACAUGGCCCGUCGCUCCCAGAGCUCCUCGCAGGGGGAUAACCCACUGGCACCCGGGUACCUGCCACCCCACUACAAAGAAUAUUACCGCCUGGCAGUGGAUGCACUGGCUGAGGGCGGGCCGGAGGCCUAUAGCCGCUUCCUAGCGUCCGAGGGAGCACCUGCCUUCCUGUGCCCUGAGGAGCUGGAGCACGUGAGCCGCCACCUGCGGGCCCCGCAGCACGUUGCCCUCGAGCCCCCCGAAGGCAGCCCUCCCAACGUGGACUUCGAUGGCUCCUCGGGCACCUACUGGCCUGUGAACUCAGACCAGGCAGUGCCUGAACUCGACCUGGGCUGGCCCCUGACCUUCGGCUUCCAGGGCACCGAGGUUACCACACUGGUGCAGCCGCCGCCACCUGACAGCCCCUGCAUCAAGGAUGAGGCUCGAAGGAUGAUCCGCUCUGCCCAGCAGGUGGUGGCCGUGGUGAUGGACAUGUUCACCGACGUGGACCUUCUCAGCGAAGUGCUGGAGGCCGCUGCGCGCCGCGUCCCGGUCUACAUCCUCCUAGAUGAGGUGAACGCACAGCACUUCCUGGACAUGGCCGACAAGUGCCACAUCAACCUGCACCACGUGGACUUCCUACGCGUGCGCACUGUGGCGGGCCCCACCUACUACUGCCGUACUGGGAAGUCCUUCAAGGGCCACGUGAAGGAGAAGUUCCUCCUAGUGGAUUGUGCCGUGGUGAUGAGUGGGAGCUACAGCUUUAUGUGGUCCUUCGAGAAGAUCCACCGGAGUCUGGCACACGUGUUCCAGGGCGAGCUGGUCUCCAGCUUCGAUGAGGAAUUCCGCAUCCUCUUCGCACAGUCCGAGCCACUGGUACCCUCCGCCGGGGCGCUAGCCCGCAUGGACGCCUACGCCCUGGCUCCAUAUGCGGGGGCUGGGCCCCUCAUGGGUGGCCACAUGACCGGGGCGUUGACCCCCUUCUCCUUACCCAAACGAGCCCACCUCCUGUUCCCACCGCCUCGGGAAGAAGGCCUGGGCUUCCCCUCAUUCCUCGACCCCGACCGCCACUUCCUGUCGGCCCUCCGUCGAGAGGAGUCACCGCGGAUGCCGGGGGGCGCCCUGGAGCCGCAGGCGGGGCUGUGGCCACUGUCGCGGCAUCUGGACGCCGAGGCCGAACCAGGCGGGGAGCUCUUGGGCCCGCGGGGCUUCUUUCAGGCGCGGCACCAAGAGACGGACGCCUUCAAAAGGCACAGCUACGCGGCCGCCGACGGCACGGGAGCCGUGGAGAAUUUCGCCGCCGCGCGACAGGUGUCGCGGCAGAUGUUCCUCAGCCGCGGUGAUGACUUCCGCUUCCAGACCAGCCACUUCCACCGCGACCAGCUCUACCAGCAGCACUACCAGUGGGACCCGCAGCUCGCACCGGCGCGCCCUCAGGGCCCGUUCGAGAAGCUGCGCGCUGGCCGCCCUGGCUUCGCGGACCAGGACGGCUUCGCGCCGGGCGCCGGGCAGCGCUUUCCGGAGCUUGGCCCGGACGGACACCAGCGGCUGGACUACGUGCCAUCCAGUGCCUCGCGGGAGGUGCGCCAUGGCUCUGACCCUGCCUUCGGGCCCGGGCCCCGCGGUCUGGAACCGGCCGGGGUCUCAUGCCCCAACCUGGGCCAGCGCUUCCCUUGCCAAGCGGUGACGAGGCUAGGCCCGGAGGCUGUGCCCGAGCCAGAGCGCAGAGGCCGGCCCGAGGGGCGGGCGGGACUGCGGCACUGGCGCCUCGCCUCCUACCUGAGCGGCUGCCACGGUGAGGACGCUGGCGACGAGGGCCUGCCCGCGCCCAUGGAGGCCGAGGCCUAUGAAGACGACGUGUUGGUUUCUGGGGGCCGGGUGGCCUCCGGGGACCCGCUGACCUCGAGCUUCCGCGUGCCCACGUCCUUCCCGGGCUCCGGCAGCGGUGGUGGCGACGGCCCCGAGCCCGAGGGCCUGGAGGCAGGCCUGGCCAAGCAGGACUCUUUCCGCUUGCGCCCGAACCCGCUGAUCCAGCGCAGCUCGCGGCUGCGCUCCUCGCUCAUCUUCAGCGCAUCGCAGGCGGAGGGCACGGGCGGAGCCGCUGCGGCCACCGCGGAGAAGGUGCAGCUGCCGCCCAAGGAGCAGGUGGGGAGCGAGAUGCCGGCGUCCAGUGGCAAGGCCGUGUGCUCUGCCGUCUCCACCAAGGUGGCCGAGCUCCUGGAGAAAUACAAGGGCCUGACUCGAGACGCCGGCGGCGUGGGGGCCGCAGUCACGGUCGCCAGCCACAGCAAGGCUGUCCUGUCCCAGGCGUGGCGGGAGGAGGUGUCGGCACCUGGGGGCGGUGGGGGCGAGCGCCGCAGCCUCGAAAGCCACCUGCUAGACCUGCGCGACUCCUUCGCGCAGCAGCUGCACCAGGAGGCUGAGCGGCAGCCGGGAGCCGCCGCCCUCACCGCCACGCAGCUGCUGGACACGCUGGGCGGGCGCAGCAGCGGCGCUGACCCGCUGCCCUCGUGCUUCCCUUCCACCCAGGCCCGCUCCGCCUCCCCGCAAGGGCGGGACAGCCCCCCGCCAGAGGGGCCCGGGGCGCGCCAGACGCCGCACUCUGCGCCAAAAGGGAGCCCCACCGCAGCUUACCCCGAGCGGAAGGGAAGUCCCCCUGCAGGGUUUGCCAGCCGCAGGGGCGGGCCCACCACGGGAUUUACCGAGCAGAAGGGGAGUCCCGCUUCCGCUUCCGCCUACCCUGAGUGCAGGGGGAGCCCUGUGCCCCCGGUGCCCCCGGUGCCCCCGGUGCCGGAGCACAGGGGCAGCCUCCCCCUCGCCUUCUCCGGGGAGUCUCCAAAGACCGGGCCCACAGAGGAGGCGCCUGGUGGCCCCAUGGAGAUCCUACGCAAGGGCUCCGCGCGGCUGCGGCAGCUGCUGAGCCCCAAAGGUGAGCGGCGCGCAGAGGAUGAGGGCAGCUUCCCGGUGCCACAGGAGAACGGGCAACCUGAGAGCCCCCGGCGGCCAUCGCCAAGCCGGGCUGACAGCACCGAGGCUGCCACAGGAGAUGAGCGGGGCCCGCGGGCGCGCGUGGUCUCGGCCACGGCCAACGCCUUGUACAGCAGCAACCUGCGGGAUGAUACGAAAGCCAUUCUGGAGCAGAUCAGCGCCCAGGGCCAGAAGCAUCGCGGAGUCCCCGCGCCGACCCCAACCCAGAGCAGCCCUGAGCUGGGCCACCCACCAGCUGCCGGCGGCCUGGCCCCUGACAUGUCCGACAAGGACACACGUUCUGCCAUCCUCCUCUCAGACAGCCUGGGGACCCAGGGCCGGCUGAACCGCACGCAGCCAGCCAGCGCGGAGGAGCACGACCGGCUGCUGCGCCGCAUGGAGAGCAUGCGCAAAGAGAAGCGCGUCUACAGCCGCUUCGAGGUCUUCUGCAAAAAGGAGGAGCCCGGGGGCCUGGGGGCCGGGGAGGGCCCGGCGGAGGACACCAGGGACAGCAAGGUGGGCAAGUUCAUGCCCAAGCUCCUGGGUACGUUCAAAAGCAAGAAGUGAGUCUCCUGGCCCACCAUUCCGGGUCGGGGCGCCGGCAUCACGGUCAGGCCGCACACCUGGUCCUCAGCUAAGGCCUUCGGAAGCUGGCUGAGCACAGCCGGGCCUUGGCCCCACUUGAGGCUCACCUGGUGGCCCUCCCUGCCUCUUGCCCCUUGGCCUCUCCUCCCCAGGGGCUCCAGCCCCUAGCUGCCCCCGCCCACUUCCCCAGUUCCCACUCUCCUCACACCUCAGUCUCUGGGCCCGCAGCGCCACCCGCCCUUCCUCUGCGUCUGACUCCGCCAUUUCUUUGGGCUUCAGGUCCCCUUUGGACCACCUCAGGGACCCAUCUCUCCGUGCCUCAGUGCCCCAUCUUUCAGGGGGCCCGCCUCUGUGCCUCAGUCCCCCAGUCUCUGGGGUCCUUGUGUCUCAGGGUGUCCGUGUCUCAGGGGUCCCCUCUUCUCAUGGCCUUCCGGCUGUGCCGCGGCCUCUCCUCGGUGCCUGGCAGCCCCAUCCUCCCUCGAGGCCUCCCACCUCCUCAGGACCUGUCCUCCCCACCUGUGUCCUAGGUGGCCGGCUUCACUUCCUGCCCUGCCCCUUUCCGCCCUCCCGGCACCCCUCCUGGCGGCCCACCCCUUCAGCGUGGGGGGGCGGCCCCCGCGGGGCGCCGGCGAGGAGCGCGAGUGCCAGGCUUCGCGGCACAGUCGUCAGGUGGGUGCUGCCCUCACACAGGUCCCCGGCGGACGCGGGUUCACAGGCGCCAUCCCCAGCCACGCCGCAGACAGGGGCUGGGCGCGGAGCUCUUGUUCUGUGAGGGCAGAGGACAGGGUGCAGUGGCACCUGAGCCCCAGCCCGCUGCUCCGAGGGGUCUGCGUGCCCCGGAGGUGGGAGUGGUCCUUGCCCUGCAGGCGCCCAGCAGACCCCAACUCCACCCUGUUCUGCAUUCUUUCCACCUUUGUCACCAACCCCCCCAAGAUCUGUCCAAGGCUCCCCACUUAGCUUUCUUGUAUCUUUUUUUCACCUCCGGACAGUAGAUCUGGAAUGACACAUUUGGGCACCAGACGCUUAGAAAGCCCCCCACGGUAGGUGCUAGUACUGUUAAAUUAGUGUUUGUGCUAUUUCUUUUUAAAUAGGUGGGGGGUUUUUUUGGUUUUUUUUUUUUUUUAAGUAUAAGGAACCCCAAUUGCUCUGGCUGGGAAAGGAUUUAAGGAACAAGACUGCUGAGUGAGGCAGCAGUUCUGACUGAGCAGCUGCAAAAGGGAGGGGAGGUGGGGUAGGGGGACACCUGCUCCCUGGCGGCUCGCAGUCUGUUUACCAAAGCCACCGCCCAGGUAGGGGUAACAGCAGAGACUUUGGUUCGAAUGGAGAAGGUCACCUGGGAGCCGGACAAGCUGGAGCAUCUCUGGCCCUUGACGUGCUUGUCGACGAGUUUGGUCUUACCUGGCCUGGUGCCCGGCUGGCUGUUCUUAGCAGACCUGGCCGGGCCUAUCGCGGAGGGAGGCCCUCGCAGGAAAUGGAGGCUCUGCCCAGGGAGAGGCCAGAGGCCCUCAGAGCCUCCCGUCUGCAUCCUUCACAGCACGCUCAGUAAGACAUCUCCUCAAAUGUGAUUCUGCAUAUUUUGGUGUUACAAAUAAAACAAUGCACAAAAUACUCCAGCAUGU